CAUCCUCCUCCUCCUCCUCCUCCUCCUCCUCCCGCCCGCCUCCGCCUCCCGCCGCCGGGCUGCCGCAGAGGGGCCGCCCGCCCGCGCCCUGCGCCAUGGCAGCCUCCGAGCUCUACACGAAGUAUGCCAGGGUUUGGAUCCCUGAUCCAGAGGAGGUGUGGAAGUCAGCAGAACUCCUCAAAGAUUAUAAACCUGGAGAUAAAGUCCUUCAGCUUCGACUUGAAGAGGGCAAGGACCUAGAGUACAGCCUCGACCCGAAGACGAAGGAGCUGCCGCCCCUGCGGAACCCCGACAUCCUGGUUGGUGAGAACGACCUGACAGCACUCAGCUACCUGCACGAGCCCGCCGUGCUGCACAACCUCAAAGUUCGCUUCAUAGACUCCAAACUCAUCUACACCUAUUGUGGUAUUGUUUUAGUGGCCAUAAAUCCUUAUGAACAGCUGCCUAUCUAUGGCGAAGACAUCAUCAAUGCCUACAGUGGCCAGAACAUGGGGGACAUGGAUCCACACAUCUUUGCAGUGGCUGAGGAAGCAUACAAGCAGAUGGCCAGAGAUGAGAGAAACCAGUCCAUCAUUGUCAGUGGGGAGUCUGGAGCUGGAAAGACUGUCUCUGCUAAGUAUGCCAUGAGGUACUUUGCCACCGUCAGUGGAUCUGCCAGUGAAGCCAAUGUUGAGGAGAAGGUCUUGGCCUCCAACCCCAUCAUGGAGUCGAUUGGAAAUGCCAAAACCACCAGGAAUGACAACAGCAGUCGCUUUGGCAAAUACAUUGAAAUUGGUUUUGAUAAGAGGUAUCGAAUCAUUGGUGCUAACAUGAGAACUUACCUCUUGGAAAAGUCAAGAGUGGUGUUUCAGGCAGAAGAGGAGAGAAAUUACCACAUCUUUUACCAGCUUUGUGCCUCUGCAGCAUUGCCCGAGUUUAAAACUCUACGAUUAGAGAAUGCAAAUUACUUUCACUAUACGAAGCAAGGUGGAAGCCCUGUGAUUGAUGGUGUUGAUGAUGCUAAGGAAAUGGUGAACACCAGGCAGGCCUGCACUUUGCUAGGGAUUAGUGAUUCCUACCAGAUGGGAAUUUUUCGAAUCCUUGCUGGCAUCCUUCACUUGGGCAACGUGGAGUUUGCAUCUCGGGAUUCUGACAGCUGCACUGUUCCUCCCAAGCAUGAGCCCCUCACCAUCUUCUGUGACCUCAUGGGUGUGGAGUACGAGGAGAUGGCCCACUGGCUUUGCCAUAGGAAGCUCGCCACUGCCACUGAAACUUACAUCAAGCCAAUUUCCAAACUUCACGCCAUCAAUGCCAGAGAUGCACUUGCCAAACAUAUCUAUGCUAACCUCUUCAACUGGAUUGUAGAUCAUGUGAACAAAGCCCUUCAUGCCACUGUCAAACAGCAUUCUUUCAUUGGGGUGUUGGACAUCUAUGGAUUUGAAACAUUCGAAAUCAACAGCUUUGAACAGUUCUGUAUCAACUAUGCCAAUGAAAAGCUGCAGCAGCAGUUCAAUAUGCACGUCUUUAAGCUGGAACAAGAAGAAUAUAUGAAGGAACAAAUACCAUGGACCUUGAUUGAUUUCUACGACAAUCAGCCUUGCAUCAACCUCAUAGAGGCCAAAAUGGGAGUUCUGGAUCUGUUGGAUGAGGAGUGCAAGAUGCCAAAAGGCUCAGAUGACUCCUGGGCCCAAAAGCUUUACAAUACUCAUUUGAAUAAAUGUGCUCUCUUUGAAAAACCACGUAUGUCAAAUAAGGCCUUUAUCAUCAAGCACUUUGCUGACAAGGUGGAAUAUCAAUGUGAAGGCUUUUUGGAAAAGAAUAAAGACACAGUUUAUGAAGAACAAAUUAGGGUCCUAAAAUCAAGUAAGAAGUUUAAGCUGCUGCCAGAAUUAUUCCAGGAUGAGGAGAAGGUGCUCAGCCCCACAUCAGCAGCCCCUUCAGGGCGCGUGCCUCUGUCUCGAAUGCCUGUCAAACCUGCCAAGGCCAGGCCAGGGCAAGCCAGCAAGGAGCACAAGAAAACUGUGGGACAUCAGUUUCGAAACUCUCUUCAUCUGCUGAUGGAAACCCUGAAUGCUACAACUCCACACUACGUGCGCUGCAUUAAGCCAAAUGACUUCAAGUUUCCAUUCACGUUUGAUGAAAAGCGGGCAGUGCAGCAGCUGAGAGCUUGUGGUGUCCUGGAGACCAUCCGGAUCAGCGCUGCUGGCUUCCCCUCCAGGUGGACGUACCAAGAGUUCUUCAGCCGUUACCGGGUUCUGAUGAAGCAGAGAGAUGUCCUUGGUGACCGAAAGCAGACGUGUAAAAAUGUCCUGGAGAAGCUGAUUCAGGACAAGGAUAAGUACCAGUUUGGUAAGACAAAAAUAUUUUUCCGGGCUGGUCAAGUAGCCUACCUGGAAAAAAUAAGGGCAGAUAAGUUGAGAGCUGCCUGUAUCCGCAUCCAAAAGACGAUCCGGGGCUGGCUGAUGAGGAAGAAGUACAUGCGGAUGAGGAAGGCUGCCAUCACCAUCCAGAGACAUGUCAGAGGGUACCAGGCACGAUGCUAUGCCAAGUUCCUGAGGAGAACACGAGCUGCCAUCACCAUUCAGAAGUUCCAGCGCAUGUACGUGGUCCGCAAGAGAUACCAGUGCAUGCGAGAUGCUACUAUUGCUCUCCAGGCUCUCCUGAGAGGUUACAUGGUCAGAAACAAGUACCAAAUGAUGCUGCGGGAGCACAAGUCCGUGGUCAUCCAGAAGCACGUGAGGGGCUGGCUGGCGCGGCGGCGCUACCGGCGCACGCUGCGGGCCAUCGUCUACCUGCAGUGCUGCUACCGCCGCAUGAUGGCCAAGAGGGAGCUCAAGAAGCUGAAGAUAGAGGCCCGCUCUGUGGAGCGCUACAAGAAGCUCCACAUUGGCCUGGAGAACAAGAUCAUGCAGCUGCAGAGGAAAAUCGAUGAGCAGAACAAAGAGUACAAAUCCCUGCUGGAGAAGAUGAACAACCUGGAGAUCACGUACAGUACGGAGACGGAGAAGCUGCGGAGCGACGUGGAGAGGCUUCGGAUGAGUGAGGAGGAGGCCAAGAACGCCACCAACCGAGUGCUCAGCCUCCAGGAGGAGAUUGCCAAGCUCCGCAAGGAGCUGCACCAGACCCAGUCGGAGAAGAAGAGCAUUGAGGAGCGGGCAGACAAAUACAAACAUGAAACUGAGCAGCUGGUUUCAGAGCUAAAAGAGCAGAACUCAUUACUGAAAACAGAAAAGGAGGAGCUGAACCGCCGCAUCCAUGACCAGGCGAGGGAAAUAACAGAGUCGAUGGAGAAGAAGCUGGUGGAGGAGACGAAGCAGCUGGAGCUGGACCUGAACGACGAACGGUUACGGUACCAGAACCUGCUGAAUGAGUUCAGCCGCCUGGAGGAGCGCUACGAUGACCUCAAGGAUGAAAUGAACCUGAUGGUGAGCAUCCCCAAGCCUGGGCACAAAAGAACGGAUUCAACUCACAGUAGCAAUGAAUCUGAAUAUACUUUCAGCUCUGAGAUCACAGAAGCAGAAGACUUACCACUAAGGAUGGAGCAGGAGCCUAGUGAGAAGAAAGCAGCGCUGGACAUGUCUCUGUUCCUCAAGCUGCAGAAACGGGUUUCAGAACUGGAGCAAGAAAAGCAGUCCCUGCAGGAUGAACUGGACAGAAAGGAAGAGCAGGCUCUCCGUGCUAAAGCCAAGGAGGAAGAAAGGCCUCCCAUAAGAGGUGCAGAGUUGGAGUAUGAGUCGCUCAAGCGUCAAGAGCUUGAAUCUGAGAAUAAAAAACUGAAGAACGAGCUGAAUGAGCUGCAGAAGGCCCUGACAGAGACACGAGCUCCAGAGGUGACUGCUCCUGGUGCCCCAGCAUACAGAGUCCUCCUGGACCAGCUGACCUCGGUCAGCGAAGAGCUUGAAGUACGCAAAGAGGAAGUUCUCAUCCUGAGGUCUCAGCUUGUGAGCCAGAAAGAGGCGAUUCAGCCCAAGCAUACAAUGACAGAUGCCACAAUCCUCUUGGAGGAUGUACAGAAGAUGAAAGACAAAGGAGAAAUAGCACAGGCUUAUAUUGGACUGAAGGAAACAAACAGGCAAUCUCCCCAGGACUAUCAUAUGCUGAAUGAGGACGGAGAACUUUGGCUGGCUUAUGAAGGGUUAAAACAAGCCAACAGGCUGCUGGAGUCUCAGCUUCAGUCGCAGAAGAAGAGCCACGAGAACGAGCUGGAAUCGCUGCGAGGUGAGAUCCAGAGUCUGAAGGAGGAAAACAACCGGCAGCAGCAGCUGCUGGCCCAGAACCUGCAGCUGCCUCCCGAGGCGCGCAUCGAAGCCAGCCUGCAGCACGAGAUCACCCGGCUCACUAAUGAGAACUUGUUUUAUGAGGAGUUGUAUGCAGAUGAUCCCAAGAAGUAUCAGUUGUACCGGAUUUCCCUUUACAAGAGGAUGAUUGAUUUAAUGGAGCAGCUGGAAAAGCAGGACAAAACUGUUCGCAAGUUAAAGAAGCAGCUGAAACUGUUUGCUAAGAAGAUUGGUGAACUUGAAGUGGGCCAGAUGGAGAACAUAUCACCUGGACAAAUCAUUGAUGAACCUAUUCGUCCAGUUAACAUUCCACGGAAGGAAAAGGACUUCCAAGGGAUGUUGGAAUACAAGAAGGAGGAUGAACAAAAACUUGUCAAGAAUCUUAUUUUAGAGCUGAAACCACGUGGGGUAGCUGUCAACCUGAUUCCAGGACUCCCAGCAUAUAUUUUGUUCAUGUGUGUGCGCCAUGCAGAUUACCUUAAUGAUGACCAGAAAGUGCGGUCGUUGUUGACUUCCACUAUCAAUGGCAUCAAAAAAGUGUUAAAGAAAAGAGGAGAUGACUUUGAGACAGUGUCCUUCUGGCUGUCGAACACCUGCCGAUUUUUGCACUGUUUGAAGCAGUACAGUGGAGAAGAGGGGUUUAUGAAGCAUAAUACACCUCGUCAAAAUGAACACUGCCUCACUAAUUUUGAUUUAGCUGAAUACAGACAAGUACUGAGUGACUUGGCUAUUCAGAUCUACCAACAACUUGUCCGAGUGUUGGAAAAUAUUCUGCAACCAAUGAUUGUUUCAGGAAUGCUGGAGCACGAGACCAUCCAAGGCGUGUCAGGGGUGAAACCGACAGGGCUGCGGAAGAGAACGUCCAGCAUUGCUGACGAGGGCACCUACACCUUGGACUCCAUCAUCCGGCAGCUGAACUCCUUCCACUCGGUGAUGUGCCAGCACGGCAUGGACCCAGAGCUGAUCAAACAGGUGGUCAAGCAGAUGUUCUACAUCAUUGGGGCCGUGACGCUCAACAACCUCCUCCUGCGCAAGGACAUGUGCUCCUGGAGCAAAGGAAUGCAGAUAAGAUACAAUGUGAGUCAACUGGAGGAAUGGCUACGUGAUAAAAAUUUGAUGAAUAGUGGGGCUAAGGAAACCCUGGAACCCCUCAUCCAGGCUGCACAGUUGUUGCAAGUAAAAAAGAAAACAGAUGAAGAUGCAGAAGCCAUAUGUUCAAUGUGCAAUGCACUGACCACUGCCCAGAUUGUAAAAGUUCUGAAUUUGUAUACUCCAGUUAAUGAGUUUGAAGAGAGAGUCUUGGUGUCAUUUAUACGUACAAUACAGGUGCGUCUGCGAGACAGGAAGGACUCUCCUCAGUUGCUCAUGGAUGCCAAACACAUCUUCCCUGUUACUUUCCCCUUUAAUCCAUCCUCUCUGGCUUUAGAAACCAUUCAGAUCCCAGCCAGCUUGGGCCUGGGCUUCAUAUCACGUGUGUGAUCCCCAGGAUGUGCCGUCAGUGUUAGAUGGAGAACAGUUGCCUGAUAUCUGUACCUGUUAAAACAUAGUGAGCCACUAACCCCACGUUUUCUGAACAAAAGCCUGUCUAAGCCCAGAUGUGUAGUUAAGGUAGCUGGGAACUGCACAGCAGCACCACAGGCUGAAUGCUCCUAGAAAGAUGUGCAUUUGUGCUCGGUCACUGCAUUGAUGAGGACGUGUCCAGAGUAUGGAAUUUGUACGUGUCCAGAGUAUGGAAAUCGGGCUUGGACAAAAAUUGUGUCUUCAGCUGUCUAGAGACAUUUUUAGAUCUUUAGUAACAUAUUUAAAUAGUGUAAAUUAAAAUCCAUAUGUAAUCUUCUCAUAGGUGGGGACCAAUAGGGACAGUCACAGUCCUGGACAUGGAAAACUUGAAAGUAAGGCAUUUUGUAGAAUACACAGUCACGUGGGAGCCUGUUACAUUUAAUUUGUAAAAACUGAAUGGAAAAAACACAAACUGGCAAUAUAUAAAGUUAUUUCUUAAACCACUUCCUCAUUUAUGUCAGUUUGACAUAAAUUGUAGUGAUAAGUCCUAUAGCUCACUAUAUGCUCUAACUUAGGUGUUUAUUUGUUAGAACUGUGGUUUACCAAGCAAACUAAAUUGCUGCUGCACAUUCUGUUGUUUUAAAUGUAUGACAGUAUCAUACUAAGCACUAAAAAUAAGACACUUCAUUUUUUUGUUGUCAACCUUAUUUACGGUCUGUUGCAGUCUGUUAUUUUAACUGGAUUUUUGCACAUUGUAUCAAGUAACACCUGUAGAGGAAAAUGGUAACUAAGCACAAGUAGCACACUGGAAAUUACACAUUUAGUUAUUUUUAAAAGUAGUUAGCUAAAAAUACAGAAUCUUGAAACAAACCAUCAGAAGUCAGUAAUUAUUUUAGUAUUUAUUUAGGUUACAGAGUCUGUCUAAUGUUCUUUGUUUGUAGACCCCAGAGAUGGCAAUGUGUAUUUUGAGUAUAAUCUCUUGGUUUUUUGCUACUUAAAAAAAAAAAAUAACUACAGAGGAAAGUCUUCUUUCACACUGGAAUAUGAAAAGAAAAACUUUAAUAGAAAAUUUCUGCAGUAGCCCAAGGCUCUCAUUCUUAGAAAGGUUGACUAACAAGAAAGUUAAGUAGGUUUUGACUAUGAUGCUGUCACUUGACUAUGAUUCAUGCUGAUUUAAUGGUUGGAAAUCAGAGUGCAUAAUGAGAAACUGAGUUAUUUUGAAUGCUGCACAUUUUACUGGAAAGAUUUUUCUGUCUCGCACAUCUUGGAUCUGCUAUAUAAAACUCACAUUUCACAAUGUGAGGCAUAAGCCUGGCAUAAGGUUCCAGUUCUGUGGUGGAUGGCUCAAACAUACAUGUAAAAAUAAAGCCACACACAUUGCUCAGUUGCGUUGUGCAAUAUUUUUAAUGUAUUAUAAUAAUCUGCAUCUUAGUGUUAACAUUAAUUUAUUUUACAAUAUUGAUAAAUAACCUAGAGGUACACUAUUAGACUGUUUGGUGCUCCUCUGUUUGCCUGCAAAUUCACAGAGAAAAGAUUUGCUGUUAAGCAGACUGAAACAUUUCAGUUUUGUUUUACUUGAAAGGCAGACGUGCUGGUUGUGUGGUUGCUAAAAUUGGAAAUAAAGACAACAUAAACUUU